CGCGAUGACUCGCACAAGCCGUUGCGUUGAAGAUGUGCGAAGCGAAAAAGGCGAGCGGCGCUAAGACAGCGGCGUCAACGGGCAAGGAAGACGGUGUCUUACGCGUGCACCCCGACCCAACCUUCCGCGACUCGCUCCCGGCAGUUGUAUUCAACUCGUUGGAGUUCAUCAUGAGCUUCACGGCGAUCCAUUACCUUGUGUGGCCCGUGUUUACCAGCAUCUUCUUGUACUACAUCCACAAGAUUGGAUACACCUACGUGAGUGUGGCGCUUGUCCUGGUCUACUUGCCGACGUUCUUGAACAACGCACACAAAAAGCUGACGCCAAAGGAAGGCGGCAUGCAAUGGGACUGGUUGCGUGAGCACAGUCUUUGGAACCUGAUGUGCAGCUACACCAAGCUCGAGAUCGUUCGUGAAGCGGCCCUGGACCCGACGAAACAAUAUGUCUUUGCAUACCAUCCCCACGGCAUCUUGAUCCUAUCGCGCAUCUCGACGUACGCGGGCAACUUCGAGAAGCUGUUUCCUGGCAUUGUCGCCCGUGCGUUGGGAGCGACUCCCAUGUUUUUCAUCCCGAUGGCCCGAGAAAUAUGCCUCUGGUUGGCCGCCGUCGACGCGAGCCGAAAGAACGCCGAGCGCAUUUUAAAGGAAAAGAUGAGCGUCAUUGUGUACCCUGGUGGGUCCAAGGAGAUCUUCCUCACCGACCCCAACUCGAAGCAGACCACCCUCGUGCUCAACAAACGGUUGGGCUUCAUUAAGCUGGCCGUCCGAUAUGGCGCGGAUGUCGUGCCGACAUUUGUCUUUGGUGAAAAGUGGAUGUACAACAUCUGGAACCCGCCCCAGUCGGUCCGGCACUUUUUCCUCUCGACACUCAAGGUGCCGCUGUUGCUCUUCUGGGGCCGCUUCUUCACGUGGCUUCCCAAACGGUUGACGGGAAAGCGCCGCUUCGGUGUCGUGUUUGGCAAGCCCAUUCCUGUCACUCAAAAUGAAAAUCCCUCGGAAGACGAACUGAUCCAGAUCCACGCGUUAUACAAGGAAGAGCUGACCGAUUUGUUCACCCGGUACAAGGCCGAGUUUGGCUACGACGACGACGAGGUGCUCGUGAUUCAAUAGACCGCGUUGGUGUCCGCUGCAGUCCCUCCUGGCCGCCUGCGCACAUUGGCAGCGAUCGCACCGGAUAUCGAGUGAACUGAAACACAAUAAACGACGACAUUCGAGUCCGCUUGAAGGCUGGAAUGGAACGUUUUCUUGUUUUCGAACGAAUUAUGAGGACAUGAAGGCAGGUGCAGUCUUGCGACCUUGGACAGAUAUGCCCCG